UUGCAGUCGCGUAUAAAGUGUUGUACGCCGAGUGAGGAGUUCCUCAUGACAAACUCAACUUUUUAUUUAGAAAUGGUGACCUUUAGUUCUUCGAGAGCCUUGGAUCCCCGACCACAUGAUUUGACACGGAUCGGAUAGGACUGUGGAGCGCGGAGUGAUACGCUGAGUGUUUCAGUUUGGACGCAGACGGCCACAACAGCGAACCGGCUAGAAGUUAGGUGCACGUCUUUAUUCAAGUUGACGAUGAACUUUUUACCGGGAUGCUGGUGCCUCGCAGCCUUGGCGUCUGUAGUGGGGGCUCUCGAUUUUCAAUAUCACAACAAUCAGCAAGUGGCCGAUUUUCUGAGUGCUGUCAGCAGUAACUACUCGUCCUUCACAUAUUUGCACAGCAUUGGGAAGUCCGUGCAAGGCAUAGACCUGUGGGUUCUUGUUUUGGGACGCUAUCCCCUAACACACAAGAUCGGCAUUCCCGAAUUUAAAUAUGUGGGUAACAUGCAUGGAGAUGAGGUGGUCAGUAGAGAAGUACUAUUACAUCUGAUAGACUACUUAGUGUCAAAUUUUGGGAAAGAUGCAGUAGUAACUAAUUUGAUUAAUAGUGCCCGCAUUCACAUCAUGCCUUCAAUGAACCCUGAUGGAUUUGACGCAUCACUUCCUCCAGACUGCACUUUUUCCAAUGGAAGGUACAAUAAAAAUGGUUUUGACCUGAACCGAAACUUUCCAGAUGCCUUUAUAAAGAAUACUUCCCCCAUCCAACCAGAAACCCAAGCAGUGAUGGACUGGAUUAACAACGAAACCUUUGUCCUAUCUGCAAAUCUUCAUGGUGGCGCUGUGGUGGCCAGCUAUCCCUAUGACAACAGUGAUGGAGGGAGUACGGUGGUCAAUGGUUACAGCAUAUCCCCUGACAAUGACGUCUUUAUACAUCUUGCUAAAACCUACUCUUUCAACCAUACUGUUAUGUACAAAGGCAAUGUUUGUGAUUCUACACAGACUUUCCCUGAUGGAAUUACCAAUGGGUACAACUGGUACCCUGUGGAAGGGGGCAUGCAAGAUUAUAACUAUGUAUGGGGGCAAUGUUUUGAACUGACUUUGGAAUUGUCCUGCUGUAAAUACCCACCUCCCAGUCAGCUUGAAGAGUUUUGGCAAGAAAACAAGAAUGCUUUGCUGGCAUACAUGCAGCAAGUCCACCUGGGGGUGAAGGGGCAGGUUUUAUCUGCUGAUGGAAGUCCCAUUCCAAAUGCUGUUGUGGAAGUUGAAGGGAGGUCCAAUAUCUGUUCCUACAAGACCAAUCAAGAUGGUGAAUACUACAGACUACUGCUACCUGGGAAUUAUACACUGAAGGUGACUGCACCUGGAAGUCCACCGCUCACAAAGACAUUGCAGGUACCCAAUGGACCCAUCAAUUUCUCUGCAAUGAAAUAUGAUAUUGUUAUUGCCAGAUCAGGCAGCACUUCUCAGUCAAACUGGACUGAAUCUUGCACCACAAUAAUCGGCAAAACAAUCACCAACUGCCCAAAUGCUGCCCUUCCUCUUCAUCCAUACCUUCCAGGCCUGCUAUUGCUACUUCUAUGUAGUGUUUAUCAGUGAAUAUUGACUAUAUUUCAACUGUACACACACACAGUUGGUUUUAAAAGUGGCACACAAAGCGUUUCAUGACUUCAAAACUAUUUUUUGCAGCUUCUCAACACAAGUCUGGUUGUGUUGUGUGUGGGCUAAAUCUAGAGACCAUUCCAACACUGCCCAGUUUAUUGUU